AUGUUAACUGGAAUGUUUAAUACUAAUGAAUGUCCUUAUGAAUGUGAAUAUUCAACGGAUAAAAAUAAAUACUUAAAUGCGUCUGCUAUUGUCUACUAUAUUCGGUCCGAGCAUUUAGACUUGCCUAAAAUAAGAUUACCAAAUCAACUAUAUGUCUUCUGUUUGGACGAACCUCCACAUUAUACUUUUGAGUUUUUCAAGGAUGUCUCUCCAAAUUUUUUCAACAUUUCAAUGACCUAUCGUUUAGACAGCGAUAUUUAUUACCCCUAUGAUACUUUUGUUCCUUGUAAUGGUGAAUGCCAAUUAGAUGAAUAUUGGAGUGAAAAAGAGGUAAUGGAAAAUGUAAUAAGAAAAACUGGAUUAGCAAUGCAAGUUAACUCAGAUUGCGAUACUCCCUCCAAAAGAGAAACUCUUGUUCAAGAAUUACGCAAGCUAAUUAAAAUUGAUCUAUACGGAAAAUGCGUCCGUGGGGCCAAUUGUGAUUUUGAAUAUUGUUAUAAUCGAGAAUUGGAAAAUCACAUGUUUUAUUUGGCAUUUGAAAAUGCCGUCUGUAAGGGAUAUGUCACAGAAAAAUUUUGGAAUUUAAAACAUUUAAUUGUUCCUGUUGUUCUUACUAGACGAAUUUUUGAUAAAUGGAAGGUGCCUGACAGUGCUUAUAUUGCUGUAGAUGAUUUUAAAAAUAUUACAGAAUUGGCUGAUUAUUUGCUUUAUUUACAGAGAAAUAGAACCGAAUAUUUAAAGUAA